GAAUCUAUCUGGAUAGCUGAGGGUUUUCAUAUUGAACUUUGGGCGCAUUCUCUUGUGAACAGUGGUGAUGAGCCUCUAGUGUUCACCCUCAUUGUAACUAACCCCUUAGGUUACUCCUGGGUAAGUUCGCGCGGCGAUAGGGAGGGUAAUACUAUACUCGCCUCUGGUUUAAGCCUAACUUUACACAAGCUGACAACAACAACAAUAGUUUCAGCUCUGUCUAUCUCCCUCGAGGCAAUUACUUGGCCACGCAUUGCCUCUACCAUACUUUUUCGUGUUACUCCUAAUUAGGAUCACGACAAGGUGAACUUCUUCCACUUUUUCGAUACCUACCUAGGUACCUAAGGUAGACCUUCUCCACCUACUGCUCGAAGACACAAUCUUCAAAAUGGCUGGUGGCAAACGAAAGCGGGAUAUUCUCGACUUCGACCCUAACAAGUCUGAUUCUGACGACGAAAACUUCGAACCCGAGGUCGACCGGCCCCGCUCACGCAAAAAGACUCGGCCGCACGGAACCAACAAGUCGUCUAGCACGCGCGGUAGGAGGGCCAAGUAUCGGGGUUCUGAUAUUGAUGAUGAUGAGCUUGACGAUAGCGUGCAAGAGAACUCAUUUGGUGAAGAAGACCUAGAGGACGACGAGCCUGAACCUCCCAUCAAUGAAAAUACCGGUCGCCGCGUCCGAAAAGCAGCGACGAAACAUCAGAAUUACAAGGAGAGUUCAGAUGAGGAUGAUUUAAUUCAAGAUUCGGACGAAGAAAAGGACGAUCUAAUUAAAGAACCACCCAAGAAAUCGCCGCGCCAAAGGAAGUUGAUUACUCUCAAAGUUCCCCCGCAGUCGCAGUCGCAGUCUCAGCCGCAGCCGCAGCUGCGCAAAACGCGCACAGCUUCCAAUGCGGCCGCUCCAAUCGGCAUUAGAAGAGUCACUAGAGCGCGCACAGUCGAAGCAGAAGACGAGCUGGUUGAGCUAUCAAAUUCGGGUAGGCAUGCUAGACCAGCCCGAGGUUCUAAGAGCAAAAGCCCAGAAGCCUUAGGCAUCAGUGGCCGACCAACUCGUAGCGGAAAAGGCAUCAAAAAGACGAUCCCCACUGUAAUUGAAGAGGAUAUCCAAGAAGAAAGUAAGCCAUCUGAAGCUGAGGCGGAAGCGGAAGCGGAAGCCGACGCUAUGCAAGAUCCUAUUACUCAAGACGUUGGUGCCGCUGAGGAAGGCACCGUUGAUCAAGUAGAUGACACAGCUCAAGAUGCCCCUCAUGAAGAAGAAGAACCUAUAGAGACGGUGGAGAAAAAUGACGCGAUGGAAGUCGAUGAUGAAGAUGACGACGUUCCUGUCGCCCGCAAGACGCGCAGCGCAAGGGCUAACCAAGCUGUGGCCACUACCGAAGAUGCACCUGCCGAUGAUGGAAGUCCUGUUAAGAGAACUCGCGGUCGACUAACUCGAAAAUCUCGAUUCGGAAAGUCUCUUCAAGAACCAAGUAGUGAUUUCGAGCCCGGAAACGAGUCCGGAGAGGAAAACGAAUCGGAUUCUGAUGCUCGCAAGGGCGGCAAUGGUAACGAUGCCGAGGAUAAUUCAAGUCCUAGUGCCCGCGGACGAAGAUCGUCUAGAGGCAAGGGAAGACGAUCCGCGAGAAGAUCGCAGCGACGUAGUGUAUCUGGCGACGAAGACGAGGUUGAUGAGAACGAAGUAGCAGAAGAACUCCGAGAUCUCCGACAAGAUUCUCGUUCGCGCAGGGAACGCCGCUCACCGCAAAUUCUCUUUGAGAAGAAAGCCGAAACAAGACGCCGUAGAGGCCAGCCGGUAAACUAUGCAAUCGCACCGCUCAAUGCGUUCACUGUCGAGCAGGAAGAAGACGACGACGAUCCGGCUCCUACACCGGCCCGUCGCCGCGGACGUGCAAACGGCGGUGGUGGUUGGGAUCAUAGUCUUCAUACGACUGCUGGCGCUUUAGGCGGCGUUGGCCUUGUUGGCUCGUUGCUCGGUGGCCCGUGGGGUACUGGUGCCGCGGGUGGUGUGGAUUCCGAUAGCAGUGACGAUGAGAUGAACAAUCGAUCAGGAAUGGCUGGCAUCGUAGGGAUGACACCUACUUCGGCGGCUCCUCCCGGUCCUUCUCUUACGAACGCGGAGGGAGGUGGUCUUCUCGCUCCUGCGCCGAAUGUCGGCAGAAUUAAGAACCCGAAGGCUCUUGCUGAUGCGGACCCCCUUGGCGUGGACAUGAACGUCGACUUCAGUCACGUUGGUGGCUUGCAGGGCCAUAUCGACCAGCUGAAGGAGAUGGUGCAACUACCGCUACUAUACCCAGAGCUUUUCACCAGAUUCCACGUCACACCGCCGAGAGGUGUCUUAUUCCACGGCCCCCCGGGAACGGGAAAGACUUUGCUGGCUCGAGCUCUUGCGAAUACAGCCGGCAUUGGCGGCAGGAAGAUUACUUUCUACAUGCGGAAGGGUGCCGACGCCCUCAGUAAAUGGGUUGGAGAAGCUGAGAAACAGCUGCGUCUCCUAUUCGAAGAAGCCAGAAGAACGCAACCUAGCAUCAUCUUCUUCGACGAGAUCGACGGCCUCGCACCCGUACGUUCUAGUAAACAGGAGCAGAUUCAUGCGUCGAUUGUAUCUACCUUGCUUGCUCUGAUGGAUGGUAUGGAUGGUCGCGGUCAGGUUAUCGUAAUCGGCGCUACCAAUCGACCGGACAGCGUGGAUCCUGCCCUCCGCCGACCGGGUCGCUUUGACCGAGAGUUCUACUUCCCGCUGCCUGACGUGGACGGUCGCAAAGCGAUCAUCGACAUUCAUACCAAGGAUUGGGGCCUUACCGACGAGUUCAAGAUGUCUCUGGCUAAGGAAACGAAGGGUUACGGUGGUGCUGACCUGCGUGCUAUGUGUACCGAGGCUGCUCUCAACGCGAUCCAGCGAACAUACCCGCAGAUAUACAUGUCCAAGGAGAAGCUCGUCGUCAACCCGGAGAAGAUCAACAUACACAUGACCGAUUUUAUGCUCUCUAAGAACAAAAUAGUGCCUUCUUCGGAAAGAUCCGCGGUGUCUGGAGCCGCGCCCUUCCCGAAACCUAUCGAACCGCUUCUUCGAGAGCAAUUCAAGACUAUUACCAGCCUCUUGGAUAGCGUCUUCCCGCGCAAGAAGAAGGUGACAGCUCUAGACGAGGCUAUGUUUGAGCCUUACGACGACGAAGACUUUGGUUUUGGUCGAGAGGCGUUGCAGCAAGAAUUCCACAGAUUUCGUGUUUAUCGACCACGACUUUUAAUUUGCGGCUCUCAGGGGAUGGGUCAGGUCUACAUAAGCGCCGCUAUCCUCCACUACCUUGAAGGUGUCAACGUUCAGAAUUUUGACAUAGCAAAUAUACUUGGUGACCCAUUGCCCGCCGAGCAAGUCAUGUUCGGGCUUUUCGCCGAAGCUAGACGCCAUAAACCGAGCGUCAUCUUCAUUCCGCAUGUUGACAUGUGGUACGAGACACUGGCUGGACCCGCGCUUACCGCGUUCAUGUCCAUGCUCAGAACAAUACAGCCUACGGAUUCUAUCAUGGUUAUCGGCACCUCAGAGAAGGAGCUGGACCAGCUUAGCUUCGAUCUCAAGCACGAUCUCUUUGGAUGGUCUAACUCUAACUUUGUGGAGAUCGCCCGUCCAGCGAAGGAAAAUCGACGUGAAUAUUUCGAUAGGAUCCUCAGUCAUAUUCGGAGGCUCCCUAAAGACUUCCCUGAUCCGACUAAUCGUAAAAAGAGGGUACUAGAAGCGCUUCCCGUGGCCCCGCCGCCCCCGCCUAAGCAGAUGACCAAGGAAGAGCUCGAGACCGAAAACCUACUCUAUAGGAAAGCUUUGAACUUGUUGAAGAUCCACCUACAGCCUAUCAUGGAUCAGAUCAAGCGCAAAUAUAAGGCCUUCCGGUCCCCCAUCAUACCCCUGUCACAGUAUCAAUACCUCUUCGACGAGGCAAACCCGAACUAUGUCAGACCCGAUGUGGCAGAUGCCCCUCCACGUCCCUAUGUCAUUUCUCAAGAUUCGGAAGGCGCCCCAGGACUGCUCGAGACUGCGACGGGCAAGUUCUAUUAUAAUCUCGAUACCGUGACGAUCGAGACAAGACUUGCUCACGGUUACUAUGUCAACCCAUGGGUGUUCUUGAAAGACUGCAAGUCUUUUGUGCAUGACGCGAAGAACCUCGGAGACAAGGGUCUCUGGCUUAAGGCUGACGAACUCGCUACUAACGUGAGCGUGGACGUCUCCGAUAUCAAUGAUAAGCUCCAGAGAGUCGAUUGGGAUGCCGAGUGGAGGAGAGAACAGUACCGGAAGAGAGAAUUGAAGCGAUUAGAGAGAGCCAAGAAGAGAGAGGAGGCGCUUGCCAAGCAAAACGGCGAAAAAUCUCAACAGGGCCCUCAGGCAUUAGAUUUGCACAAGUCUCAUACAACGACAGCUCAUUUCCAAGUUAUUGGCGAGGAAACCACCACGAACGGAGAGAGCUCGCUACAUCACGACAAUACAAACGGAACGUCCAUACCGUCUCGAGCUCUCGACGACGAUGCUACUAUGACUGAUAUUGAUAGCCAGCCACCCCCCGGCGGUCUGAACCUGCCGAUGCAGCCACCCUCUCAGUGGCCUCGCAUGUCAGUUCAAUCCUUGAACACAUCGGUGCAGGCGACGGCAGGGGGUACGAACCAGCUCUCCCAGCUCUCCCAGACCUCGGCUGUACAAUCUCUUCCGCCAGGCGUAUCACCGUCGGCGUUAAUAAACGAUGCGUCUACCACGAAGACGUCGGAUCCUUCCAACCGAUCGUCCAAUUUUAGUACGCAGGCUACUAAUGGAACCCAUCACGAUCAAUCUAGCCCCGGCGACAACCUUCCAGAUACCCAACCGUAUCCAGGAAAUAGCCAGGGUGCGUCUAGCGACGAGCAGUGGCCUCACUCUCAAGCUCACGGUCUCUUGCGGGGAUAUAUUCCCCAACCCGGCUCAUCCCACGGGUCGCGCGCUCAAGCAUCACCCGCAGGUGGAAAAUCGUCCCACGCUCCGAGCAUGGCAAACCUGCUAAACGACGCUCCCCUCGAAGAACCUUCGCAAUCACAAUCGCACCGCCAGUCGGGCGUAUCGUCAGCUUCGCAGCAGGUUGAGCUGGACGAUUCUCAGGCCUACUACUUCUUGGAGAUGCUUACGGAGCGCACCUCUGGUUGCACCAUCGAGCAGCUUCAACACAUUUACCGCGAGAUGAUGGUAGAGCUCUGGCGGACGAGAGGCGAGCAUAACCGCAUGAAAGUGCUUCACUCGAUCACACGUGUUUUUAAUGAAGCUAUCAACGAGAUCGAGUCGAUGCAAGGGAUGCUGCAACCGAGCCAAUAGUUUGUCUAUAGAAUCGGUGAUAUCGACCGGCCUUCUUAUGAUUUUAGAGACGGUGAGUUUUGUGGAUAUAUCUGAACGAGGCAAGUCGACCUCGUUAUGUAAUUAUAAAAAAGAGUAUUAGAGGCGAAGGGUCC